CUAAACUGAAAAAUAUCUCGCGCAGCUUCUUUAGGGUUUUUGCCUCUCUCCUCUUCCCAAUCUAGCCAGCCACCUCUUCUCAGAUUCGCCAUGGGUAAAAAAUCCGCCACCAAAGCUGAAGCAGCACCUGGUGCGAUUAAGGCCACGAAACCCUUGAAGAAAGGUAAGAGAGAGGCUGAGGAUGACGUGGACACCAAAGUGAACCUUAAGAAGCAGAAGAAGGAUGUGAUUGCUGCCGUCAAGAAGGAGAAAGCCGUGAAGAAGGCUCCUAAGAAGGUUGAGAGCUCCUCAGAGGACUCAUCAGAUUCUUCUGAUUCCGAGGAAGAAGUCAAGGCUAAGAAAGUUCCUGCUAAGAAGGUUGAGAGCUCUUCAGACUCAUCAGACUCUUCUGAUUCCGAGGAAGAGGUUAAGGCUAAGAAAGUUCCUGCUAAGAAGGCUCCAGCUAAGGCUGAUUCAAGCAGUGAGGAGGACUCAUCUGACGACUCUUCUUCAGAUGAUGAACCUGUAACCAAGAAGGCCACUAACGGAAAGGUUGUAAAGAAAACAAAAGAUGAGUCAUCAUCUUCCGAGGAGGAAUCUUCCGAUGAGGAAGAAGUUGCUGCUACCAAGAAACCUGCUCCAGCUGCUGCUAAAAACGGCUCUGUGAAGGCCAAGGCCAAGGCCAAGGCAGAGAGCUCUUCUGAAGAGGACUCGUCCGAGGAGGAAUCUUCUGAUGAAGAACCUGCUGCAAAGAAACCUGCGGCUGCUAAGCCAGCUGCAGCAGCUAAGCCAGCUGCUAAAGAUUCAUCAUCUUCUGACGAUGAUGAUUCCGAAGAUGAAUCUGAGGAUGAGAAACCAGCUGCUAAAAAGGCUGCUCCUGCUGCCAAGGCUGCAAGCAGUUCUGAUUCAUCUGAUGAAGAUUCUGAUGAGGAAAGUGAAGAUGAAAAGCCUGCACCAAAAAAGGCUUCCAAGGCUGCUGCUAAAAAGGAGAGCAGUAGUGAUGAAUCUGACUCUGAUGAAUCCGAUGAGGAAGAAACCCCAAAGAAAAAGAACGCUGAUGUAGAGAUGGUGGAUGCUGAGCCGCAACAGCCUAAGACACCGGCAACUCCUGCUACAGGAGGAACAAAGACGAUCUUUGCUGGUAAUCUCUCAUUCCAAAUCGAAAGAACAGACGUUGAGAAUUUCUUUAAAGAUGCUGGCGAGGUUGUUGAUGUUAGAUUUGCAACGAGUAAAGAUGAUGGCAGCUUCAGAGGCUUUGGCCAUGUUGAGUUUGCUACUGCUGAAGCUGCACAGAAGGCAUUGCAACUCCACGGUAAACCCUUGCUUGGUCGUGAUAUUCGUCUUGAUGUUGCUGCUGAGAGGGGAGACAGACCCGCAUACACUCCACAAAGCGGUAACGGUGGUGGUAACUUCAGAAGCGGUGGUGGUGGUGGUGGUGACGGUCAAAAGAUUUUCGUUAAGGGAUUCGAUGCGUCUCUUGCUGAGGAUGAUAUCAGGCAUGCAUUGACUGAACAUUUUGCUUCAUGUGGAGAGAUCACAAGGGUUUCUGUUCCCAUGGACCGUGAAACUGGUUCUUCCAAAGGAAUUGCUUUCAUUGACUUUAAAGAAGCCGCAGAGAAGGCGUUUGACCUUAAUGGUACUGAAGCGGCAGGAGGGUAUCUCGUUGUUGACGAGUCUAAACCGAGGGACAACAGUGGUGGUGGUGGAUUCAGUGGUGGUGGAAGGAGCGGAGGAUACAGUGGUGGCGGUGGAUACGGUGGUGGCGGCGGUGGUCGCUUUGGUGGUGGCAGAGGAAGAGAUGGUGGUAGCCGUGGUCGUUUUGGUGGUGGUAGAAGGGGCGGUGGCAGAGGAAGAGACUCUGGUGGUGGCCGUGGAUCAUACAGCAAACCUAGUUUUUCAGGCACGAAGACUACCUUUGACGAUUAGAAGCCUUAUGGAGAAGAGAAUGUGUUCUCAAGUCCUUUAGCCGUUUGAUGCUAUGCUUGUUUUUAUUAUUUUAGUUUUUUUUCUACUCGAGUCAGUGUCUGAAUCCUUAUAUUUUUGUCUGAAUUUAAAUUAAAACUCAAUUUUGAGUGCUUUUGUGUUGAA